UGAAAUUUCUAAAGUGACUUCAUAUGCCUAAAUCAUUGGUCUCCACCAAGUUUGAGCCAUUUUUAUUUAGUCAAUUGAUCCCAACAUCAUAUUCUUCAUUUCUGGUCAGAUUGCCAAGUUACAAAGGAAGUACCCUCUAGACUUAUUUGUUUGUGCUGAAUUUUGGCCAAGAUACUCACUCUAGUGAGUGGUCAACCUCAGCCAAAGAUCAUGCCAAUAGGUGCACUGUGAUGGCCACUGCUCAGCACAAACACCUUGAUGUUGGCAUCUUGUUGAGCAAGGAGAGGUCACACCAGAGCUCUAGUAUAGGGUUUGAUGGGUCAGCUCAUCUCAGGGAACCUUGGAGAACACCCCAGACAUGGUUUGGCGUCGAGUAGGGCAUGGCAACACCGUGGCCACACGGUGACCACGUGCUGAGCAUGCCAAACCGCAGCUCUGUGCAUUGGAAUCGUCGGUAGCGCGCUUCCCGCGGGUUCCAGCUUGUCUCGGAGCACCGGCGAGCUCCCCACCUCACUGGCGCACCCUCUAGAGUCAUCUCCCCCUUGUUCGCUAGCCGUGGAAGUCUCUGUCGGCAUCUCAAAGCUCCAACCAUCGUCAUGGAGCUUCGGCCUUCGCCGUGAAGCUUCCUUCCCGAGCUAUAUAUAGCGUGCCCCAAGCCUCUGCCAUGAACCAGCAAGCCCGAGCCCUUUCCCUUGCCUCUGGAGCUCGCCAUUGCCCCCAUGGACGGAGCGUCACCGUCGGACCCCCAUGGAGAUGCAAGUGUCAGAGCCCUUCCCCUCUCCUCUGCUCAUGGUCGGAGCAUCCCCAAGCGCUGGUGAAUCCGCCGCCGUUCUCCAUUUCUCCGGGGAAGCCCCGCUACACCGGCACCACGGGCGCCCGUCGGCCAUCGCAUCUCAUCUAGCCGCGAUGGCGCUGCGGUCCGCCUCCCGCGACCCCGUGACCGCCCCCGGGCGCGGCGAGGAGCGGCGGAGCUCCUGCACUCGCCGAUCGGUCCUCCCACGGCUACUAGUCGCGGGCUGCACCGUCGGCCCAGCCUCCUCUGUACCGCGGCGAGAGGAAGAAGAUGAGCCACGGGAGGGAAGAGAGAGAGAUAAGGCGGGCCCCACCCGUCAGAGAGAGAAAGGAAGUCAACCCGCGCCCCUAGUCAAAUUAAGUGGAAGCGUAUUUUCUGCUUUUACGCUUUCGUUUCAGUGAGAGCGCAAACUGCUGCGGCUUCGGCCGGAAAUACGUUUUCACUUCCCGAAAGCGUAAGUUACGGAAUACGCCUUAUGUUUUAGCCCUGCCGGCCGAGCUUGUUAGUUUGGGGACGUUCACCCGUUAAGAGUUAUAGUGAACACUAUUCUGUCCACUAUUCCACUUAACGAACGAACGACCAAAACUCCGCGACCGUAACUCCGAUUGAGGUAAAACCAGCGCCCACUCUUUCGCCUCGUCGAGCCCGUUUCGACACUACCAUUUUCGUUAUGCAUCCUCACAGUAUAAAUGAC